AAUAGCCAGGUACAUUCCCUUCUCGCUUCUUUCCUUUGUCCAUCUUUAUUAUUAAAGACGGGCACCAGAGGAUGAGAUGAAUUGAGCAAGCGACAGAGAUAUAUAUAUAGAGAGAUUUUUCUUGAGAUCGUUUUAGCAGGGAGAAAGAAGAUAUGAUGCUCCCAGGGGUGGAGCUGGCCCGGAAGCGGCGGGUGCACUGCCACAGCGGCGGCGAGACCCCGGCGGCGCGGAGAUCGCCGGCGGAUCCGACUGACAUGCGCCUCCCCUACCUCCGACCGACCGCCAUGGACGAGUCCGCCUUUGCCGCCCGCAUCCGCCUCGAGGAGAAGCUCCGCGGCGUUGCCGGUCCUCCUCUCCCCGCCGCCGCCGCCACCACCUCCUCCUCCUCCUCCUCGUUUUCCUUCUCGCCGAGACGGAGGCAGCGCGAGGCAUCCGAUGGGAAGACAAAGCCCAAGAGCGGUGGGCUCAAGAGGACGGGAUCGAGGACCGAGCUUUGUGCGGUGUGCCUUGAAGAUUUCCAGUCGAAGCAAAGCGUCAUGAGGCUGCCCUGUUCCCACAAAUACCACUCUGACUGCCUCCUCCCAUGGCUGGCUGCUCAUGCUCACUGUCCAUGUUGCAGAACGCCUGUUCCAUUCUUCAAUUGCCUCUCCUAGCGGAACAAUGAUUCCAUCAAAUGAUGAAGUUUUUUGUAAUUAGAUCUUGCUUUUUCUUUUUUUUUUUUGACCUUUUUCUUUUGAUACAGGGAUUAGCUGUUAUUGACAUGAGUCUUCAUUUGCUCACAUAAAACGAUUGAUUUGAUCCAAAAACACUACUGCAUGAGGCUUAAUUUUUAACAAAUCCCAUCACCUAAAGAAAAAUGUUUCGUGUUAGAUUUUUACUUUUAUAUUUUCAUUAUAUGAGUCCUUCUUUUUUAUUAGUUGAGGUGAAGUGUGUAAGUUGGAUGAAUAGGAUAUGGAACAUAGCUUGAAGGCUUACUGGCUCAAAUUCUGUUGGCAGAACCGAAUAUAAUGGGUCAGUUACAAAUGAGCUGCAGAAUGUAAAAGUCAAAAAUACGAGAAAAAAAAUAUUUUGAUAUGUACCAAAUGAAUUUGAACAGAUCUUUGGUGUAUAAGAAUUUUUGCAUAUGCUUUGUAUGCUAGCGAUUUAUGUAUGGAUUAUGAUUAUAAAAAAUUGCAUAUUAUUAUGAAAA